UUAUAGAAAAGCUUCUUCUGAAUUUACUCAUUUGCUCUUUUCCCUUCUCAUCUUAUUCGAGUCUUCCGAGGGGUUGACUCUAAAUUUUGAUUUCACUGGCUGCGUGGAGAUUGUCCCGUCUCGCGUGUAGAGAUUUUAUCAACUUCGCUCCGUUCUGUGUGAUCAUUCGUGUCUAUUUUUCUUAAAAAAUGUCAGUUUCAGAUUUAGACAUUUGUAAUUUUGCAUAUGAAGGCAGUUUGCUCAAACUGCAGCAAGAAAUCUUGGAAAAGAAAAAUUUAAUUGCUAUAAAAGAUCAGAGUGGUCGUGUACCUCUACACUGGGCAGCCUCAGCUGGUCAUAUUGAUAUAGUUGAUUACCUGCUACAAAUGGGAGCAUAUGUGGAUCCUAGGGAUGAACUAGAUUGGACCCCACUAAUAAUUUCAGUGUCUGCUGGUAUGAAAGAUGUUGUACAAAUACUUAUAAACUAUGGUGCUGAUGUUAAUGCGGUUAAUAAAACUGGUCAAUCACCAAUACAUUAUGCAGCAUCCAAGAACAGACUACAGAUUGCAGAAACAUUACUGGAUCGUUGUGCCCAAGUAAAUGUUUUCGAUGCAACAAGUGGAGGUACACCGUUACAUCGAGCAUCGUCUAGGGGUCAUUCACAAAUGGUUUCUCUUCUAUUGAAGCACCAUGCCAACCCAGACUGUGUAGAUCUCGAAGGAAACACACCACUUCAUAUGGCUUGUGAGGAAGACAGAACUUACAUCGCUCAACUAUUGGUAGAAAGCAAUGCCAAUAUGAGUCUUGUUAAUAAGCAAUCAUUGGAGUACAGUAUUGUAUUUCCAUGUUCCUGUUUAUUAGGAGAAGAAAACUGCUUUGGAAUUAGCCAGCAAACAGCUUGCCAACCACUUGAAGAGAUUAACAGAAUAGUUAGAAAAUUGAAAAAUUUCAUGCAAAUUGGACAUUAGAGUAUUAAUUAACUUUAAAAUCUUUUUGCAUCUAAGAGCCAUAUUCUUUUAUUAGUUUAUUUGCAAUACCUUGCAUUUCUCAAAUCAUGGAUAUAAGAAGAUUGAUAAUUAGUUUGGGGGGGGGGGUUCAUAUUUAUACAUUCAUGUUAUAUGCUCUUACUAUCCAUCUACAGACGCAGGUGUCCCAAAUGCAUCUGAUGGUAGACAUGCAUGGUCUGUAGAUAAUAUUUUAAUAAUGAUGUGUUGUGGGUAUUCAAUUCAGUAUAGAAUCUGAGUGGACGAGAAUACAUUAAUGUAUGCAGGAUGUAUAAAAAAAGUCAUUAAAAGAGCUUUUACGCGCACGGUCAA